AUGCGUCUACUAUCUUGCCUUGUUCGCAUAAGUUGUCUGUUGGUUUCAACUUUCCAAAGACCUGUCAUUAACUCAUCUGCUCAAAUACAAGCGUACAUUAGCCAUUUAUUGGGAGAUGCGCAGGGUGGAAGUGGAAUAACUGCUGAAACUGGAGUGAAAGGGAGUACAGAUGGAGCAGAGGCAACAGCUACUACAUUUAAAGACGCUCCAGGACAAACGGACGUUGUGCACGCAUUGACAGAUGCUGAGGGCGUGAGUGGAGUCAUUGCUCCUCUGACGACUGCUGAAACCAUAGCAGAAGAGAGUACUACUGGAAUGGAAGCGACGGCUACUACAGUCGAGGAUGAGGACACCGAGGCUGAAGUUUCCUCACUUGCUCCAGGGCAAACGGACAUUGUCCCUGUGUCUACAGAGGUGAAGGACGUGACAGGAGUUAUUGUUCCUAGUGCGACUGUUAAAAAUGGAGCGGAGGGGACAACGAGCGGACUGGAGGUGACGGCUACUGCAGUCGAAGACGAGGAUGCGGACGUUUCCUCACUUGCUUCGGGAUAA